CGACCGGAAGAGAAGCGAAGGUCCUUUCCAAGCCAUCUUGUGGCGUCUGGCAGCGAGUAGGUUCGCUCGUAGAAUCGGAGGAGAAUCCUGCUGAAGGGGCGCCAUCAUGCCCGGCCAUCUACAAGAAGGUUUUGGCUGCGUCGUAACCAAUCGGUUCGACCACCUAUUUGAUGAUGAACAGGACCCGUUCGAGGUGCUAAAGCAGGCCGAGACCAAGAAAAAGGACGCGGCCGCUCCGGGGGCCGCCAAGAGCACAGCGCAGGCGGCUAAGCAGCCCAAGAAGGAGACGCAGAAGGACAGGAAAGUCCCUGCUCCUGAGAAAAAGGAAGAAACCACGACGCCUGUUCCUCUGAAGAAAGAGGGCAUGAGGAGGAUGGGCCGGCGGCCGGAGCAGCCGGCUCAGCAGGGUUCACAGCAGCGAUCGGAGCACCCGCAGGGGGGUCAGGGUGAGGGUCGCCCCCAGGCAGAACGACGCACUGAGAGAAGGCCUCCACGCGAACGCCGACCAGACAAACCUGCUGAGGACAAGCCUGCCGAGGGCGGAGAGUUCUCCGUGGAGAAGUCUUCAGGCGAGCGGCCGUUCCGUGGCCGUGGCGGAGGCAGAGGAGGCCGCGGUGGAGGUCGAGGCAGAGGCAUGGGCCGCAGUGAUGGAUUUGACUCACGUGGAAAACGUGAAUUUGACAGGCACAGUGGCAGCGAUCGGUCCAGUCUUAAACCAGAAGAGAAGCGAGGUGGCGGAGGAUCUCAUAACUGGGGCACCGUCAAGGACGAACUGAGUGAGCUUGACCAAUCAAAUGUCACAGAGGAGACCCCGGAGGGAGAGGAGCACCCGCCCGCUGACUCUGAGAACAAGGAGAACGAAGCUGAGGAGGUGAAGGAAGAGGGCGCUAAAGAGAUGACCCUGGAUGAAUGGAAAGCCCAGCAGGACAAAGAGAGAGCUAAAGCUGAGUUCAACCUUCGCAAGGCCAACGAGGGCACUGACUGGAAGAAAGGAUUCCUGCUGCACAAGUCUAAGCCCAAGGAUGUAAGUGCAGUGGCUGAAGUGCCAUCACUUCCAGGUCAUCAGGCUCAAUUGGACGACGGCGCUAGCGAUCACCACUUCCGCAAGCCCGCCAACGACAUCACAUCCCAGUUGGAGAUCAACUUUGGAGACCUGGGUCGCCCAGGGCGUGGCCGUGGAGGACCCCGUGGAGGAAGAGGAGCUCGUGGGGGCGGACCUACCAGACCGCCUCGUGAGCGCAGGCCUGACAAGGCGAGCGGAGGAUCUGCCCCUGACGUGGACGACCCGGAGGCUUUUCCAGCUCUGGCUUAAGCGUCUCGAUUUGGGUAGCUUUGAUCAGCCUGCCACUGAGCCCAGCUUCCCCGGGCCCUUCGCUACGAGGCUUGCAUGCUAAUGGAUCCUUCAGCAGAUGAUAUGAUGGAAGACUGUCAUCCAUCCCACUCACCUCUUGUGGACUGAAUUUUACUUGUUUUAGAAAAAAGAAGAAAAUCUUUAAAAAAAAAAAAAAAUUUGAAAGGACUUCUUGCUACUCAGAAGCAAAUUAUUGGUAGAGGUUUUGUAUUCAGAAAUAAAGUAGCAGGGAUGUUUUCAUACAGUGUUUUUUGUUCUUUUCUUUUCUUCAGACAUUAUGCAUUGUUCAUAAAUACCUUUUUUUUCCCCUACUGCUGCUUUGCAGUAUAAGCAUUUCCAAACGUGUGUGAAGUGUGUGUGUGUGUGUGUGUUAGUUAGAUUGUGGUGCCCUUUGGCUUGAUUUGUUUGAGCCUCAGAGGCACUGCUUCGAUUCACUCAACUGUUGUAGAGAACGAUUUGGGUUAAAGUCUUUAUCGUUAGCAGCAGCUUCUCGGUGAAGUCACAUCGAAUUUUGUAGCUCGAGGCCAAAAUCUUUGAUUUGUCUACAUUCGCAGACUGCUAAUGAUAAUCUGAGAAGUUUCUUUUUACAUUUAUUUGGCCAUCGUGAGAUUCAGAGGAUUGUAUUAGAAUUUCACUGGCUUAGGUUUUGAUGCUGCGUUCACUCUCAGCCUUCGUAGGUCACGUUUACGUUGUGCACUCCCGUUUACCCGAACUAGUACGAAAAAACAUUUCUGAUUAUUCAGACUGAGCAGUUUAUUAUUUUUUUGUUAUUUUCAGGUUUUCUUCUGCCCCUCUGCUUUUUAAAACAGCACUACUGCAUAUUUGUUCUGAAAGAAAUACCAGCUGUUCAGUGUGUAACUAUGGAGUGCUCUGAAACUGUGUGAAUUCUAACCCUGCUAUUAUUCAGACCUCUGUCCAUAAUUAAAAGGUGGUCUAUUCA